CAAAUAAAUAUUUUUUAACAAAAUAUAAUGUUAUAAAUAAAAGCUCAACCUUUCAUACAUCUUCCACAUAUCCAUGAAUCUGAUGUCACUUAAGCAAGAGGAUUAGUUGAGGUGAUACUGCCUAUAUAAUAGAUCGAAGUUUCUAAAGAAGAAAUAGGUGAAAGAAGGCAACAAAGAGAAGACAUGAAAGGCUUUUGCUGGAUUUUGGUUUUUGUAGUGAUUUUUGGAUGGGUGCAAGGUGAUUUACAGAUGGGGUUUUAUGGGACUUCAUGCCCCAAAGCUGAAAAGAUUGUGCAAGAUUAUGUGAAUGAGCAUAUCCCGAAUGCUCCAUCGCUUGCCGCUACUCUUAUCAGAAUGCAUUUCCAUGAUUGUUUCGUCAGGGGUUGUGAUGCAUCAAUCCUCUUGAAUGUUACUUCAAGCUCAGGGAAUCAGACAGAGAAAGUGGCAACACCAAACCAGACAGUAAGAGGGUUUGAUUUCAUUGAUAGAUUGAAGAGCUUAGUUGAAGCAGAAUGCCCUGGCAUUGUUUCAUGUGCUGAUAUUAUCGCUCUUGCUGCUAGAGACUCCAUUGCUAUCACUGGAGGCCCUUCUUGGAAAGUCCCCACGGGGCGAAGAGAUGGGUUGUUAUCCAAUGCAUCCGAGGCGUUGAACCAAAUCCCGGCUCCAUUCGACAAUAUCACUAUCCUCAUACAAAAGUUUGCCAAUAAAAGUCUUGAUUUGAAGGAUCUUGUUUUGCUUUCGGGUGCUCAUACUAUUGGGAUCGCACAUUGUCCAUCGGUAUCAAACCGUCUAUACAAUUUCACGGGUGUGGGAGAUCGAGACCCCUCGCUUGAUAGUGAAUAUGCAGACAAUCUCAGAGCAACAAAAUGCAGGACACAAAACGACAAUACAACAAUACUUGAGAUGGAUCCUGGGAGCCGUAAGACUUUUGAUCUUAGCUACUACACGUUAUUGCUAAAACGUAGGGGCUUGUUCGAGUCUGAUUCGGCUUUGACUACAAACUCCAACACGUUGGCAUACAUAAACCAACUUCUUCAAGGAUCGCUCCAGAAUUUCUUCAAUGAGUUUGCAUUGUCGAUGGAGAAAAUGGGUCAAAUUGAGGUAAAAACCGGAACCACUGGUGAAAUUCGAAGGAAUUGUGCUGUCGUAAAUAGUUAAGAUUGUGUGAUCCUAAAAUGCUUGUUUUAUUUGUUUUCGUCAUUUUAUUUUCAAAUUUUGCGUGGUAAGUUUUAUGUGGUAAGAAAAUAAAGACGUGACUAUGAGAGUUUAUUUACACUGUAUGUAAAUUGAAAUGAUGCUUGUAUAAUUAAGAUAUAGAAUCGAACAAAAAGAUAUGAAUAUAUAUGACAUUGUUUCUAUUUUCUGUUU